AGAAAGCAAAUAUUACUCCGUUUUUAUGUUCCCCGCGAUCGCGUCAGUACGGCCGCGGCGUGAGUACGCGUUCAUUCUUCCCUCACAUAUAUACCCAGGGCGUAGUAUCGUUUUAUAAAUUAACGUGAUAUUGGCGAUGUUCAGAGCGUUCGACUAGAUACUAGCUGACGCUCAAUUCGAUAGUCUAGUGUAGUUUGUUUUCACGAUGAGGGACGCGCGAGCUCGUUUUCGCCGGCGUGGCUCAAUUUCCGCGUCUUCUGCGGAUGGUAAAAAUGAACCCGAGCACGUUAGGAAGUUAUUUAUCGGUGGUCUCGACUAUAGGACUACCGACGAUUCGUUAAAGAAACACUUCGAACAAUGGGGUGAAAUCGUUGACGUUGUGGUAAUGAAGGAUCCUAAAACCAAGAGGUCUCGUGGAUUUGGAUUUAUCACCUAUUCUCGGGCCCAUAUGGUUGAUGAUGCUCAAAAUGCAAGACCUCACCGAGUCGAUGGACGGGUUGUGGAGCCUAAACGAGCUGUACCACGACAAGAAAUCGGCAGGCCAGAAGCUGGAGCUACGGUUAAAAAACUUUUCGUUGGCGGGUUGAAGGAUGACCACGAAGAAGAAGACCUCAGACAAUAUUUCCAAAGUUUUGGCCGCAUAAAUUCAAUCAGUAUCGUGACUGACAAGGAAACUGGAAAGAAGCGCGGCUUUGGGUUUGUCGAGUUUGACGACUAUGAUCCCGUUGACAAGAUUUGUCUUCAACGCAAUCAUCAAAUACGUGGUAAACACGUUGACGUAAAGAAGGCUCUUAGCAGGGCAGAAAUGGCAUCUGCGACUGCUGGAGGUGGCGGCGGCGGUGGUGGCAGCCGAGGAGGCCAAGGUGGUGGAAGAGGACCUCGAGGCAGCAAUCAGGGUGGUGGCAACUGGGGAGGCCGAGGAAGUGGAGGUGGCAGCGGGGAUUGGAACAACGGAGGCAACCAAGGUGGAUACGGUGGAGGCAAUCAAGGAGGUUGGGGUGGCAAUGGUCCUUGGGAGAACCAGAAUCAAGAAGGUGGAGGCUGGGGCGGACAGGGCGGCCAAGGAGGCUACAACAGCGGUGGAAACUGGAGCAACGACAACUUUGGCGGUGGAUAUCAACAGGGUUACGGUGGUGGACCAGUCCGGAACAACUUCAACUCUGGAGGAAGACCGGCUCCCUACGGUACUAACAUGGGUCCUAGUCGAGUAUCCGGAGACUCGAGGUGGCAAUCAUCCGGUCCCAUGGGAGGUAACUCGGGCGGCGGUGGCGGAGGCGGUGGCUACGGUGGUGGAAAUCAAGGAGGCUACGGAGGUAGUUCCAUGGGUGGCGGUGGUGGCAUGGGCGGAGGUGGCGGCGGAAGAAGAUAUUAAGUCGAUAACCUGACUCCCUCAAGCGGUGUGACCCCCUACUACUUGUCUUCUAGUCGUCAGUACUUCUGUACUGUUUAGUUUGGAGCAGGCAGGGCUAAAAGGCUAGAGAGACAGGCAGGACCAGGCAGGACAAUCAGGAUACAGGAAAGAAGCGUCACCCGUUAGAGUCGCAGUGAGGGAGGCUUAAGCCUGUAUUACAAUUUGGUCACUAGCACCCACCACAUCCGUGUAACACGUUCUCCGCCCACCACGGGAGAAAGACAUAACAGAAAGGGAGAGAAAGAGAGAGAGAGAAACACAGAGAGUAAGGAAAACAGUUGCGUCACGAGUUCUUCUUUUUUUUUUUUUUCCUCCUAGAUGUUCUGUGUUGUAUCGCACGCCGCCACGUGGCCGAGAGACAAACAAAUGAGGAACAAGAGGGAAAGGGGGUGAAAGAGCGAGUGCGAAAGAGGAGAGACUGGGAGGGAGAGAAUUGUUUAUAUAUAUAUAUAAAUACAGAUUUCGACAUUACUGCCGCCGAAAGUGCGGAAGAUUGUCGUCGCUAAUUAUAUCAAUUCGCGAUCGGGUUCCUCAACGGCAGCCGAUUGCCAUUUCCGAAAUGAUCGACCGAUAUUAAUAUGCUCGUUUCGGAUUAAUCCAGGAUUUUUUUUUUCUUUCUUUUUUUUUUCUUUUUUCCUUCGUCGUAUCGGCAGAUCGCAGUUUACGGGUCGCGCGAGUGAACGCGAGAAAGAAAGAAAAUUUAAAGAAAGAAAGGAAAAUAAUUGAAAACUAGAAAGGGCGGCUUUUCCGCCUCGCGGGGCACAAGUCUCGGUCGUCUAAAAAAUCCGGGAUCACGUGUACAUGUAUCUAAUGAAGACGCCGUGGAAAAAAAAAUCCGUACGGUCCAUGUAAGAAUCAAGGUUUUGGCAAGAUGUCGAUGCAGCCUCUUAAUUAGAUAAACUCAGAGCUGAUUCUUAUGUAGACCGCGAUGAAAGGGUGUAGAGGAGGAACGAGAGAGAUAUAUCGCGAGGUGGUCAAACCGGAGUGAGUGUAAAAGAGCGAGUGAGAAGGGUGGUAAGCUGAAGACAGAGAGAGAUUCUAUGUUGGACAGCAUUUCUCGUGUAGGUUAUCUAGGUUAACCGAUUAAGCCUUAAGUUGUAAUGUUCUACGAGUUAGAUAAUAAAACAUGUCGAGAACCUUUUC